AUGGCCAGUGCAGGCAACAGCCCCUUUUUGGACGGCGACACGCCGCGCGCGCCCGGGGCCUCGGAGUUCUCGUUGCGGCCGCUCCGCAUCCAGAAGCGGGCCGGGACGACCGACCAGGACAAGCAGGACAAGGCCCCGAAAACAGGGAAGGCCGCCAGAGCAGAAGGCGCCACAAAAGCAGACGGUGCCGCGGACCAGGCCGGCUUUGUGUGUCGGCCCAUGCGGCUCGGGCUGGCGUCGACGCCGCAGCGAAAGCCGAGCAUGGAGAGCACCGGCAGCAGGGCGCCGCAAGAGUCGGCGGCGGGCGCAAAAACCCCCCCGCUGGCGCCGCCGGCGGCGGGCCACGGCAAACACCCGUCCGUCGAAAUCAGGAAUCUCCCGAUCGAGCCGGCGCCACGCCGGGCCGCGUUGGCAGAGACGGCGGCGCCGCAGAGCGACCGCGUGUUUGCCGUGUGCCUCGUGGACUUCCACCACGCGCGCGGGCCCGAGGUCCUGUGGUGGCGGUCCAACUACCUUGCGCGGCCCGGGCCCGAGCUUUUCCGCAACCUCCCGUUCCAGGCGUUGCCGGACGGGCUGCACUUGUUCGAAGAGACGUUUUCGAACUUCAACCUCGUCUACGACUUUGCCACGCAGCAGUCGCUCGACGACCUGCGCGACAUCGAGUGCUUCCGAGGCAACCCGAACCACUUGGAGACGCUCUUUGGCUGCGCGUGUGUGCGGCAGGUCAAGACCGCCGAGCUCUCGGAGACGGAGCGCAGCCGCACCGGCGACAUCACGCGCUCCAUCGUGCAGAAGGCCGUGGUGGUGCUCUCGCGCCACCUGCCCGUGUUCACCAAGAUCAAGGAGAAGUUGUCCAUCAUCACCCACAGCUUCUUCCAGCAGGAAAGCUUCGGCAACUUCGAGCUCUUGGAGAGCCUCUUCGACAACCUCAACGAGCAGUUCCGCGGGCAGCAGUCGGCGCCGGGCGCCCUGCCUGUGCCGGACCCGGCGUCCGGCCCGCACGACCCGCUCGAGCCGGUGCGCUACGAGGACCAGGAGGAGUACUUCGUCAACCUCGAUCUCCGCGCGCUCCUCGCGCGGUUCCAGCACGAGCUCCUCGUGGUGUUCAAGGCCUUGCUCAUGGAAAAACGCGUGUUGGUGUACUCGAACAACAACCUCGAGCUCCUCACGCAGUUCCAGAACAACAUGAUCGCGUUGGUGCCCAACCUCAUCCACCACCUCGAGCUCUCGGGGUGCCCCUUGUGCGACUACACGGAGAAGCACUCGCCGUUGGAGAAACCGGCCACGCUCAAGACGAACGACCGCGUGUCCAUGCUCCGCUUCUUCGGCUUGCCGCUCCAGGUGUUCAACACCAAGGGCUGCUUCUGGAACCCGUACCUCCCCCUCCCCCAGAUGGACGAGUUGAAGGCGCCCUCGUUCAUGGUGGGCUGCUCCAACUUGCUCAUAGUGAACCAGCUGGCGCGCUUCAAGGUCGACGUCUUGGUGGACCUCGACGCGGGCGCCGUCUCGUACCCGUGCGGCCGGCCCGAGGAGUUGCGGCUCCUGCCCCUCGACAAGAAGUUUGUCUCUGUUCUCCUCGCCGCACACUCCACCGAUGAAUCGUACGAGGGCAGCGACGACUACAUCCGCUACCAGUUCGAGGAUUAUGUGCGCAGUCUCUUGGCAACCGUGCGCUUCCAGCAAUACGUGGACCGCUUCAAGCUCCCUCCGCCGGGGUUCGAUCCGCAAGCGGAUAAGCGCUUGGGCAGCCUCAAAUCCUUCAACGGCGAGUUCGUCAAGAAAUGGCAGCACACCAAAAACUACCAGAUCUGGAACGCUACGUGCGACGAAUUCAUCUUCAACUUCCAGCUGCCCACGCAUUUCGCCACGGAGAUGGACGAGGCGGGCGCGGCCUACAGAUUGGGCGGCUUUCUAUCGUCGCUCAUAAAAGCGCCGCAGCCACAAAACCCCAAUGUGGCCGAGCGUUCCAGCCAGUCGUUUUCCCAUACACAGCAGCCCCGCAAGUAUAUCGCCUCCGACGGUACAGCGCCGGACCUGGUGCCUGAGCCCGCGGCUGCGAAAAGCACCUGGUGGGGCUUCAAGAAGGCAUAG